AGGAGCCCACGGCGAGUGUCUGUGGCUGUGCCAGGCUGCAGGUCUGGCGUGCUCCUGAUCAGAGUUAUUCUGAUCUGAAGAUUUUGGUGUUUAAGGCUUUAAGAUAAUAGCCUGACUUGUUCAUGGAGUUUUUCAUCAGUAUGUCUGAAACCAUUAAAUAUAAUGACGAUGAUCAUAAAACUCUGUUUCUGAAAACACUAAAUGAACAACGCCUGGAAGGAGAAUUUUGCGAUAUUGCUAUUGUGGUUGAAGAUGUGAAAUUCAGAGCACACAGAUGUGUUCUUGCCGCCUGCAGCACCUACUUUAAAAAGCUUUUCAAGAAGCUUGAGGUUGAUAGUUCUUCAGUCAUAGAAAUAGAUUUUCUUCGUUCUGAUAUCUUUGAAGAGGUCCUGAACUACAUGUACACAGCAAAGAUUUCCGUGAAAAAAGAAGAUGUUAACUUAAUGAUGUCAUCGGGUCAGAUUCUUGGUAUCCGAUUUUUGGAUAAACUCUGUUCUCAGAAGCGCGAUGUAUCUAGUCCUGAUGAAAAUAAUGGUCAGUCAAAAAGUAAGUAUUGCCUCAAAAUAAAUCGCCCCAUUGGAGAUGCUGCUGACACUCAGGAUGAUGAUGUGGAAGAAAUUGGAGAUCAGGAUGACAGUCCUUCUGAUGACACAGUAGAAGGCACCCCGCCGAGCCAGGAAGACGGCAAGUCACCUACAACGACGCUCAGGGUUCAGGAAGCGAUCUUGAAAGAGCUGGGGAGUGAAGAGGUUCGAAAAGUCAACUGCUACGGCCAGGAGGUAGAAUCCAUGGAGACCCCAGAAUCAAAAGAUUUGGGGUCCCAGACCCCUCAAGCCUUGACAUUUAAUGAUGGAAUGAGCGAAGUGAAAGAUGAACAGACACCGGGCUGGACGACCGCUGCCAGUGACAUGAAGUUUGAGUAUUUGCUUUACGGUCACCAUCGGGAGCAGAUCGCCUGUCAAGCCUGCGGUAAGACGUUUUCUGACGAAGGCAGGUUGAGGAAGCAUGAGAAGCUCCACACGGCGGACAGGCCGUUCGUUUGUGAGAUGUGUACCAAGGGCUUCACCACGCAGGCCCACCUGAAAGAGCACCUGAAAAUCCACACGGGAUACAAGCCCUACAGCUGCGAGGUGUGUGGGAAGUCCUUCAUUCGCGCCCCAGACUUGAAGAAGCACGAGAGAGUACACAGCAAUGAGAGACCAUUUGCGUGCCACAUGUGUGACAAAGCCUUCAAACACAAGUCCCACCUCAAGGACCAUGAAAGGAGGCACAGAGGGGAAAAGCCUUUUGUGUGUGGCUCCUGCACCAAGGCGUUUGCCAAGGCAUCCGAUCUGAAAAGGCAUGAGAACAAUAUGCACAGUGAAAGGAAGCAGGUUACCCCCAGCGCCAUCCAGAGCGAGACGGAACAGUUGCAGGCGGCAGCAAUGGCUGCCGAAGCCGAGCAGCAGCUGGAGACAAUAGCCUGUAGCUAGAGGUGGAGGGAGGGACAGGACACUGCCUGGGGAGCAGAGACUGAGAUCCCACUGAUCACUGAUGAAUGCCAGUUACCAUAUUUUUGUGGAAAUGUCUGGAGUAUUGUACUCGCUGGACUUAAGGCAGUGCUGGGUUAGGCAUUUUUAAAACUUUUCAAGGAAAUAAUGUUCCUACAUUCUGACCAAACAGUUUCACUGUCCUGUCUGGUGUCUAGUAUUAAUGUUGCCCCUCUUCUUUUUUAUGAUUUUAAUUUGUGAACUCCUGUGUCCAAUUUAGAAGAGAGAGACUUCUAUUUCAUUUCUAGUUCCUCUACGCUCACCGCACUGGUGAGUGCACUGCACAGAGUGAUAAUUGAGUAAAUUGAUUUCCUAAUCAUCACAAUUUUCUGUGACUUAUGGUCAAAACAGCAUUUUUCAUAACUUAAUAGAAGUACUUCAUAUAGA